AUGAAGAGCCUCACAGCCGUCGCAUUGCUGGCCCUGGCCUCGGGAGUCGUGGCUGAAAAGCCAUCCGAAGUGCCAUACUAUGGCCGAAGUCCGCCGGUAUACCCGACACCCCCCGGCAAUGGCAACUCAAGUCGCGCCUGGACCAACGCCUAUCGGAAGGCGGUCACGCUGGUGUCCAAGAUGACGCUCGAGGAAAAGGUCAACGUGACGCGCGGCUUCCCCGGCCAGUGCGUGGGCAACUCGGGCGCCGUCCCGCGCCUCGGCGUGGCCCCGAUCUGCUUCGCCGACGGGCCGGCGGGCCUCCGCGGCCAGGAGUUCGUCUCGGCCUUCCCCGCAGGCAUCCACCUGGCGGCCACGUUCGACGCCGAGCUCAUGUACGACUACGGCCUGGCGCUGGGCCGUGAGUUCCGCGACAGGGGCGUUCACAUGGCCCUCGGCCCGGUCUCGGGCCCGCUGGGGCGCAUCGCUCGCGCGGGAAGGAACUGGGAGGGCCUCAGUAACGACCCUUACCUUGCCGGCGUCGGCAUGGGCCAGGUGACGCGCGGGAUGCAGGACUCGGGCGUGGUAGCAACGCCCAAGCACUGGCUGCUCAACGAGCAGGAGUUCCGCCGUCGCGAGUCGGCCCUUGGCGAGGCCGUCAGUUCCAACGUCGACGACAGGACCAUUCACGAGCUCUACGUGUGGCCUUUCAUGGACAGCCUGGCGCACGGAGCCGGGUCAGUCAUGUGCUCUUACCAACGCGCAAACCAUAGCUACGGCUGUCAGAACUCAAAGCUGCUCAACGGCAUACUCAAGACGGAGCUCGGGUUCGAGGGCUUUGUCGUUUCGGACUGGGAAGCCCAAAUGGGCGGAGUGGCUUCGGCCAAUGCCGGGAUGGACGUGGUGAUGCCUCGCGGGGGAUUCUGGGGCGACAACCUGACCGAGGCCGUCAAGAACGGAUCUGUCUCCACGACCCGUCUGGACGACAUGGCCACGAGGCUCUUUGCCGCAAUGUACCACCUGGGCCAGGAGCACGACUACCCCCAGCCGGGCAUCUGGAACAACAGGCAGAAGCACUUCCGCGUCGACGCGCAGCGCGACCACGCAAAGCUGAUCCGCAAGAUCGGAGCCGCCGGCACCGUCCUCGUCAAGAACGUUAACAAGACGCUGCCGCUGAAGGACCCCCGCUUCUUGGCCAUCUACGGAUACGACGCCACGGUCAAGGCCUCGCCGUGGGCCAACCGCGACAGGUACGGCGGCGGCUACGAGGUCAACUUUGGCUGGGAGACCUUCAACGGCACGCUCAUCACGGCCGGCGGCUCGGGCGGCAACACGCCGCCGUACGUCGUGAGCCCCUUCCAGGCCAUCCAGGAGCGCAUCUCGGCCAGCGCGGGCGUGCUGCGGUGGGACUUUUACUCGGAGAGCCCCGCGAGCUACUACGACAACGCCGAGGCGUGCCUCGUCUUCAUCAACUCGUACGCGAGCGAGAGCUUCGACCGCCUCGGCCUGGCCGACGGCCACAGCGACCGGCUGGUCAACAAUAUCGCCAACAACUGCGCCAGCACCAUUGUGGUCGUGCACUCGGCCGGCAUCCGCACCGUCGACGCCUGGGUCGACCACCCCAACGUCACGGCCGUCAUCUUCGGCGGCCUGCCCGGCCAGGAGAGCGGCCACGCCCUGGCCGACGUGCUCUGGGGCGACGUCAACCCGGCCGGCCGCCUGCCCUACACCAUCGCGCGCAGGGAGGAGGACUACGGCAAGCUGCUCAACUCGUCCAUCAAGUUCGACUUCUUCCCCGACGACGACUUCGAGGAGGGCCUGUACAUCGACUACCGCGCCUUCGACCGCGACGGCAUCGAGCCGCGCUUCGCCUUCGGCUUCGGCCUGUCCUAUACCGACUUCGCCUACAACGGGCUCAAGACAGCCGUGGUCCCGACGCCCGAGGGCGCCGUCCCGGCCGAGCUCCCGGACCCGGCCGUGCGCGUCGUGCAGGGCGGCCACCCGGAGCUCUGGGACACGGUGGCCACGGUGCGGGCCACGGUCCGCAACUCGGGCGGCGUCGAGGGCAUCGAGACGGCCCAGCUGUACGUCGGCGUGCCCGGCGGCGACUCGCCCGCGCGCCAGCUCCGCGGCAUCAGGAGGGUCGGGCCGCUGUCGCCCGGCGAGGCGAGGCCCAUAACCUUUGAGCUCACGCGCCGCGACCUGAGCGUGUGGGACGUCGUGGCCCAGCAGUGGCGCGUGCGGCGCGGCGAGUACAAGAUCUACGUCGGCGCCAGCAGCCGUGACCUGAGGCUGAACGGGACGCUGGUGAUAUAG